AUGCUCCUCGAAGAAGACCCCUCCACCCUCAUCCGCCACACCAUCUCCAACUUCAACAUCGCGCCCGACAAAACCGCCGUGUCGCGCGUAUCCGAGUCCCUCUCCACGCUGCAACAGGCCCGCGAGCUGCGCGUGCGCGACGCCGAGGAAUCCCUGCGCCAGCUGGGCCGCACGCUGGGCAAGCUGUCGUCGCAGCACGCCGAGCUCACCGCCUCCCACUCGUCCACCCAGCACGCCUCCGAGAUCGCCCGCCUCGACACCCAGAAGUUCCGCGUCGCCAAGGCCGCCUCCGACUUGGAGAUGGAGACGGAGCGUUUGCAGGCUCAGCUGGCGGAUUUGAAUGCCCGUCUGCAGGAGCUCGAGCUGCAGGGCGUGGAUGGGGGUGGUGUGGGUAUUGGGGAAGGGAGUGGUGGUGCUGGCGCUGGGAGUGGUGGGGCGCUGGAGGAUGAGCUGUUGUUGCGGUUGAAGGUUUAUCGGAGUUUGGGGAUUGAGAUUGAGAGGGAUAGCAAGGAUGGGGAGUUUAAUCGGGUGGUGGUGCGGAAUGAUCGGAAGGGGGAUGUUCACGUGGUGAAUAUCGAUAGGAAGUUUUCUAGGUUCUUCUAUGCCAAUUAUUUCUGGCAGACCAUGGCGAACCAUAUCGAAAACACAAUCAUGGGCCGUAUUGUCCUCGCAGCCAUCAAAUUCUCUGUAUGGACAUUCAUCAUCGUGGGAAUCUUUCCCGUUGUCCUCGUCACCGCUGCCAUCUCAGGCACGAGCGUCUUUUUAUUCCUCCCUCUCACCUUACUGUACAUCUAUUGUAAGGGCAUGUGCUCGUAUAUCUACGACAACACGAUUGGGGGACCGAAUCCCAACAGCCCGAAUUGCCCGGAGUUUCAACAAGCGAUGGCUAGAUAUUCCAGGUUCUGGCAGGACAACGCUCCUCCCAUCACUCCUCCCAACACUCCUCCUCCCAUUACUCCUCCUCCUACACCACAGGAGACGGACGACGAGUCGGAUUCGGACCACUAUCUAUCCGUUCACCACCCAUACACGCUCUUGUCAAGGAGGCUGCACUUCCUCAACCUCUACCCCGCCAAUCAGCGCCGGGGCACACUGGCCGGCCGGGAACACCACGCCCAAACGUUCCAGGACGAACACGCCAGUGACGAUAGCCCGGGAGCCAUCGGGCGCCGAUUCGACGACGAGGCAGUGGCACGGUGGCUUGACGAUUACGAGGACGAUGGAUAUUUCGAGGACGAUGGAUAUUUCGAGGACGAUGGAGGUUACGAAGACGAUGGAGAUUACGAGGACGAUGGCGGUGACGAGCGGAGCGGACUCGUCACGCGUGCAGUCGUGGGAUUGAUGCCGUGUAGAACAGAGUAA